AUGCCCGCGAAAUCGCGCUUCACGCGCCUGGACGCCUUCACGAAGACGGUGGAAGAUGCGCGCGUGCGGACGACGAGCGGCGGCAUCGUCACGAUUGUCAGUUUGCUGGUCAUGGUAUGGCUUGUUUGGGGCGAGUGGGCGGACUACAGACGGAUCGGGGUCAAGGCGGAGUUGGUCGUUGAUAGGGGGAGAGGCGAGAAGAUGGAGAUCCACAUGAACAUCUCCUUCCCGCGCAUCCCCUGCGAGCUCCUCACGCUCGACGUGAUGGACGUCUCGGGCGAGAUCCAGACGGGCGUCAUGCACGGCGUAAACAAGGUGCGGCUGGCGCCUGAAAGCGAUGGCGGCGGCGUCAUAGAGACGAAGGCUCUUGAGCUCCACAAAGACGACGCGACCCACCUCGCCCCCAACUACUGCGGCGAAUGCUACGGCGCGCCCUCACCUCCAACAGCCUCCAAGCCCGGGUGCUGCAACACCUGCGACGAAGUCCGCGACGCAUACGCCUCCGUCUCGUGGUCCUUCGGCCGCGGCGAAGGUGUCGAGCAAUGCGAGCGUGAGCACUACGCCGAGCACCUGGACUCGCAGCGACGCGAAGGCUGCCGCGUGGAAGGCCUGAUCCGGGUCAACAAGGUGGUCGGAAACUUCCACUUCGCCCCCGGCAAGAGCUUCAGCAAUGGCAACAUGCACGUGCACGAUCUCGAGAACUACUUCAAAGAGGAGGGGAAGCACGAUUUCACGCACAGGAUCCACAUGCUGCGCUUCGGGCCGCCGCUGCCGGACAGCGUGCUUGCGAGGCUGCAGGGAGGCCCCGGUGGCGGGAGCGUUAUGGGCGAGAAGAUGAAUCCGCUUGAUGGGACGGAGAUGGUGACGCAGGACAAGGCGUUCAACUUUAUGUACUUCGUCAAGGUGGUUUCCACGGCGUAUCUGCCGCUGGGGUGGGAGACGCAGGGCAGCCAGAAGCAGCUGGACGCGCGGGCGGCAAGCGAGUCGCUAUCGCAUGACAGCAUCGGCCUCGGAGGCCUGGGAAUGGGCUACUUGGGCAGCGUUGAGACGCAUCAGUACAGCGUUACGAGCCACAAGAGGAGUUUGGCCGGUGGGAGCGAUGCCGCGGAGGGCCACAAGGAGAGGUUGCAUGCUAGGGGCGGGAUACCGGGAGUGUUUUUCUCUUAUGAUAUCUCCCCAAUGAAAGUCAUCAACCGCGAAGCGCGCGGCAAGUCCUUCUCCGGCUUCCUUGUCGGCGUCUGCGCCGUUAUCGGCGGCACGCUGACGGUUGCUGCGGCCAUCGAUCGCGCACUGUACGAAGGCGGGCAGCGGGUCAAGAAGCUGCAUUCCGGAUGA